UGGAGGGGGGUGAAUACAGGAUUCACUUGUGAUGUUCUGAUGUGCUGUUGAAAGGAAAAGACCAGAGUCUAUUGCACACUGACACUUCAAAACUCUUCUGCUAAUGUAUUUUCAAACUCACUGAAUUAUAGAAAAUCAGCAUGGGAGGAGCUGUGAGUGCUGGGGAAGACAAUGAUGAUUUAAUUGAUAACUUGAAAGAAGCUCAGUAUAUUCGCACUGAGAGAGUGGAGCAAGCCUUCAGAGCAAUUGACCGUGGUGAUUAUUUUCUAGAAGGAUACAAGGAGAAUGCUUAUAAAGACUUGGCUUGGAAGCAUGGAAAUAUACACUUAUCAGCACCUUGCAUUUAUUCUGAAGUCAUGGAGGCAUUGAAACUUCAACCAGGAUUAUCUUUUCUGAAUCUUGGUAGUGGAACCGGAUAUUUGAGUACAAUGGUGGGAUUAAUAUUAGGCCCUUUUGGAAUAAAUCAUGGAAUUGAGCUUCAUUCAGAUGUGGUAGAAUAUGCUAAGGAAAAAAUGGAGAGCUUCAUAAAAAACAGCGAUAUCUUUGAUAAAUUUGAAUUCUGUGAACCUGCAUUUGUGGUUGGUAAUUGUCUGGAGAUUGCAUCGGACAGUCAUCAGUAUGACAGGAUCUAUUGUGGAGCUGGGGUCCAGAAAGAUCAUGAGAACUACAUGAAAAUUUUAUUGAAAGUUGGAGGCAUUCUGGUUAUGCCCAUAGAAGAUCAGCUAACACAAAUUCUGCGAACAGGACAGAACACUUGGGAAAGUAAAAACAUUCUUGCUGUUUCAUUUGCUCCACUAAUACAACCCAACAGGAAUGACAACAGCAAACGUGAUACCGUGGGACUGCCCCCUUGUGCUGUUCGGAAUCUACAGGACUUAGCUCGGAUCUACAUUAGACGCACUCUUAGAAACUUCAUAAAUGAUGAGAUGCAAGCCAAGGGUAUCCCUCAAAAACCGCCACCAAAACGAAAACGCAGGAGGUGCCGUAGACACAGGAUUAACACUUAUGUGUUUGUAGGCAAUCAGCUCAUUCCACAGCCUCUAGACAGUGAAGAGGAUGAAAAGAUGGAGGAAGACAACAAAGAUGAUGAUGAUAAAGAUCACAAUGAAGCCUUGAAGCCAGAGGAGCCUCCUCGAAACUUAUUGAGAGAAAAAAUUAUGAGUCUACCGUUACCUGAUUCUUUAAAAGCAUACUUGACAUACUACAGAGAGAAGUAACUUGUUUUAAGUAGAAACAAUGCCUACUGAUAGCUCCUUUAUUCUUGAAAAAUGUAGCAUUUAUUAAGAAAUAGAUGGACAUAUAUCAUUAGUCUUUCAACAAGACGGAAGUACAGUGAUAAAUUGUAACUUCUGUCUUAACUUUGCUACAAAGACUUGUAUUCAGUAGUACAGAAUCCCUUUUUAAAAAAAUUAUUUUUCUUUAAAUUUUGAGAAAUACAAUUUUAACUCUGAUAGAAAAAUAUUCCAAAGCAGUAUGCAGCAUUAAUCAAGACUUGGCAUGGUAAAUCCUUUUUGAUCUUUAACAGAUUUGUAUUGAUAGAAGGGUAAGUGAAAUUUUAUAUGUGCUAAAAUAGCUGUUGAACAAAUGCAUUCUGACUUGAAUAACAGUUGUCUGCAUAAGGUUUUAAACAUACAACACAAGCAUUUCUCAUAUAAUCUUGAAACUGUACCCUUUAAAACAUUUAUUUUACCAUGACAUUGUUGCAGUCAUUAUUACUGUGUUGAUAUAAAUGUAUUCCAAGAAAUACACAAGUGCAAUAACUGUAUACAGGCAAGAAUGAGUUGGCUUUAAUGAAAGACAAAAAUGCAAGUUCUGAAAUGUCAGGUGGCCCUGCUACUUUUGUAUUUAUAUCUUUUGCCAAAAGAUCUUGAGGAAAGUGACCAUUUCUCUCAGAGCCUUAAGGGAAUAUCAUGUUGAAUAUAAAGCAAAAAACAAAACAAAAAACAAAAAAAAUCCAAACAAAACAAAACAAACACAAAAAACCCCACACACCUUAAUAUAACCCUUUUUGUUUAACUCCGUAUUACAUUUUCAGUAUUUAUAAAUAGAGACAUUUCUUCAUUCUCAAGGAUUUUAAGACAAUUUCUAAAAUCACAGUGUUGACACAAUAUUUGGUAACAAAGAUUGUAAUUUAGAAUUAAAAUGAUUUAUAUUUACUACUUUAAUAGAAUAGAAUAUGAAUAGCUUGUCUUGCUUACUUGGAUAGCUGUAAUAGUAGAUUUUGUUCAGCAAAUGCACUUUAGUAAGUGGAUUUUCUAUUUCAUCUACAUAUUUUCUGAGAAGGCAGAAUUGUGCUGGCCCUACAUUUGUUUCUGAACACAUCUCUUUUUAGUGCAUAAAUAUUCACAGUUGUUUAUAUCUAUCUGUUGGAAAUUGAGAGUAGCAGUUUAAACUUUGGGACCCACUGAGUUCUCCUUUGAAUAUUUUCCCCUCCACCUCUUUCCUCCCAUUUGGUGAAGUUGCUUGCAGUUUUCUUCUUGGCUUGAUGGAGUGCUUUGUUCAUUUUUGCCCACUUAAUAUUUUGAGUGUAUUGUAGCAUAGCCAUGAUGGAGAAUGCAGUUUACGAACUAGGCAUGAUAUUCAGUUAAAGCCACUUUUAUUGGAAACAUCUGUUUGUUGGACCUAAUGGAAAACAUUCCUCUUAGAAAAAAAAAUUCUGCGCAAUAUGUUUACUUUUGUGGUAAUACUCAUUAUUAAAUCCAUCAGCCAUUUAACCUAAACAUAAGAUAAAAUCCUCACCAGUGCAAUUAAUAUCUGGCUAUCAAAUACUCAUAAUGAGUUUUCCAAUACUCAUUAACAAAUUAAACAUUGUGUCCAACUUCAACAGUGAGAUAAUGUAUAGUCCUGCUACAGAUUGGACACUGAUUUUUUGAUGGUGCAUUUCAUGCCUCAUUUACCAUUUUUAAAAGUAUGUCUUAGUAAUGUUGAAAAGGCAUCUUGAUGAAAGGCCUAUUGUACCAGUGCAUGGAUUUUUUUUUCCACAGCAAAGUCUCAGCAUGAAUAAAUUAAAAAAAGAAAAACCUUGCUUUUAUUUUUCUGACCUUAUUUUCACAAUAAGAAAAACUGGUAAGAGAUAGUUUAGCUAUUUUCCUAUAAUAUGAUAUACUGGAGUAUUUGCAAUGGCUUAGCUAUUGGAACUAUCUUUCAUUAAAUAUUUUGUUUUAGAUGGAAUUUCAGUUUAAAUAAUCUAAAAAUCAAGAUGUUAUACUUUCCAGGUAGCCUGAGAACUUUGUGUUAUUUUUCCAGAAUCAGCAUCCAUAUGUUCAAGAGUUCGAAGUUACUAAAUAUAAUUUUACAUCUUUUCAUUGAGACCUUUAUAAAGGAUGCUUUCGAAGAAUGACUUUUUGCAUUGUUUUUCACUCUAUUGUAUACUUGAUAAAAUAGACAAUGGAUGAUUUGCCAUGAUUAUUCAGUAUGUAUCUUUAUGGGAGUCACUGAAAUGGUUUCUUUUCUGUUUAUAUGUGGAUUUAUUUUACACUGUUGAAUUUACAUUUACAUUAAAUAAAAAGGUAGAAAUGCAAAAUGCAUCAGUUGUCUUUGACAUAUGUUGGUAUUGGGACAAUGUUGCAAUAAAAUAGUUUUUGU